AUGAGAGGGAAGCAGCGGAGCGGGACACGGUUCACUGUGAGUCGUAUUAAAAAGGAACAAUUAGAGGAAAAUGAGUUGUGUUACGUCGCUUGGGGCACAUGUGUUUAUGACAACAUAUCUACUCUUCGUGAUGGGAUGCGUUGCACAGAAAGUUUACUUUGACUGUGGUGCCAAGGUGGAUGUGGUGGAUGUCCAAGGCCUCAUUCUGUCCCCUGGCUUCCCCUACAACUACUCCUCUGGGACACACUGCGUUUGGCUGUUCAUUGUGCCUGUUGAUUACCAGCUUAUUCUGGAGAUAUUUGACUUUGACGUGUUUGAAAGUCAUGACUCUGCAGCUCAAUACUCAGCUGCCUCUAAUUUUGAAGAGGAAGAGGCAGAUGAAGAGGUGACUUUCACCCCUGGCAGCUUAGUGGCAGAUGAAACUUCAUCGGCAGCUAAAGAUCCUAUGCUUCAGAGUGUAGGGGAUGUCACAAAGACUCAGCAGUCCUCCCGAGAGGGUGAGGUCAAGCAAGUAGUGGUCCAGGAACAGUCCACAAAGAUGGAAAUUACCAAAGUCUCAAAUUCUGCCAAAAGAUCUGCAGAUGCCUCCUCUGGCCUUUCGUUGCCGCCUCCUUCCUCUCUGCUCCUCCUACCUGAGGCUGUGCCUUCAAGAGACAAGGCUGUCAACUCCGCCUCGUCAUCUCACCUCAGGGGAGACCUCAACCCAAGUUCAAACCCAAGUGCAGUUGUGGAGGAGACCACCAUUGCCUCGCCGCACACCACUAACACCCCAGCUGUGAGCCCUGAAACCCAGCAGUCAGUGCUUGAUGCCUGCCCCCACGAUGUCCUCUACAUCUCAGACCUUAUCACCUUCUCGUCCAGGUUCUGUGGGUCCAACCGACCUCCCAGCAGCCAGCUGGUUUUCGGCUCCAGCCAGGAGAUGGUGGAGGUCAUCAUGGAGCUCAUCACCACCACACACUGGGGCCGCGGCUUUGCUCUUCUCUUCCACUAUCAUAACCUGACCGAGCCAGGGGGGGACCGCCGUGCCUCCGCUCCUAUAGCCAGCAAAGUAGACUCUCUGCUGGCUGCUGUGAGUGGAGCUGCCUUCUUCGCUAUGAUACUUACAAGUGCGCUCUGCAUCAUUUUCAGACCCAAGCUGUGUCCAAAGCGAGCCAGCUCCUGUGCAUCCAGCAACUCUGAGGUGCCAGAGGGCGUCCUGAACACUGGGGCUGAGGUCCGCGAGCUACAGCUGAUGGCUGAGAAUCAGGCCAACCUGGAGUCGACCACGGAGCAGGGCAACAACAACGACAGCCCGCCGCACACAGUCAGUGCUUCCAUUGACAUUUCCCAGAAUGCAGAGGUGGACCUUUCCUGCAGCGGUCUGACUGAACUUGACCUUGGUGCGGAUGAGGUUUUCAUUGUAUCUUCAGCCCCUAGCCCAAGCAGGCUACCCUUCUCCCCUCACACGCAGCGGGAGAGGUUUCUCCGGCACAGUGACACUGGUCCCAGCCCUGCAAGUGACUGGCCCUCACCAGACUCCACCACUUCACCUACUAGUGCCAGGUCCACCAAGGACGGCAGCGGCGGCUGUGCCAGACCAAGAGCGUGGAGCGUACGCACCUUCCAGGACUUCCUCCCUCCACUGCCGCAGCUGCAUAAGAAGUGGUGCAGCUGGAACUCCACCAGUCCCUUCACCAAGCUAGUGGACAGCGCUCCAUCCAGUUUGAUGGCUGAUGGCAGGGGAGGAGACAACAGGAAGGUCUUCUCUGAGGUUCACUUGGAGGCUAACGCAGACACCAGCGUCAUCUCUGACUCAGCCAUCAGCAAUGCUUCCUACCCACUUACGCAGCCUGCCCAGAGGCAGCGGCGUCUCAAUUCUACCAGUAACCUGCGCCGCUCACGCUUCACGGGGCCUUGCUUUGGCCUGCUUUCUGGAACAGCAGACCCAGUGAAGGCCUCUGGGGUUCCUCAACCCCAGGGAACCCCCCCAGAGCCCAGCAAUGGCUCUUCUUCCUCCACCCAGUGUCAAAUGGAGAGUGGCCAGGCCGGAAAGCGGCGUGAUUUCCCAGGUGAGGGUGAUCACGUCAGCGUGCCAGUGUUUGCCAUCUCUGAGGAGGAGGACCGGCAGCCUUUGGUCUCAGCUGAGCACCUGGACCAGAUGUCUGCCUCUGCUGUACUGAAUGGACUGGUGAGGGGAACAUAUGAGGGGAAGAGGCCUGCAGUAGGAAGCACCAGCCACAGCCCCCAGAACCAGAGAGCCAGGCCAGAGUGGAGGCCAUGGGGGAGCCAGGUGUCAGGAGGGGCUGGUCCACUCCCUUCCAUCACACCCACCACCAUGACCGAGUCAAACACAGUCAGUGACAGCCAGUUGUGUCUUGGGCAGUCAACAGCGCUGUGUAGUGUGACCAACCAGAUGUGACCAGAUGGUGAAAAAAGGAGGGACUCUGUUAGUGCUAUUUUGUAAAAUAUAUAACCUACUUCUUUCAUUUCUGAAAUCAUCAAUCUUUUACAAAAUUACUACAAAUUCGUUUCACUCUAGUUGAUCUUUAUUUUUUAUAAAGUUGUGUUUGGACAAAGAUGGAAUAAUAUGCUGCUUACUAUGCCCAGGCACUGACUGCUGUGGUGUUGUGUUUAAAGAAGAUGACUGAUUGCAAACAUGAACACAAAAAGUAUUUUCUCUGCAAGUACUUCAUAACUCCCAACUCUUAGAAGCACUUUGCAAACAGAUUUAUUAACCAGUUUGAUGCUAUUCUGUGAGUUAUAAUACUCCAACCAUUGCACUUUGCUUUCAAUAGCUCAUUCAUUGUGGAUUUUGUGCUGCCCUGUGCCAGCUCUCCACUUUUUCCUUAAUGUGGUUCUUCACGUGGUUAUUUUUUUUUUUUUUUUUUAGCACAGGCUAAUGAAUGCUUAUACAAUUAUCCAAAAGUGUUCUGCAGAACAUAGAUCAUACGUUAAUAUCAAUGCUGCAACAGUGUAUGCAUACAGUAUGUACUCCUAAGGCUGAUAUUGGAUUAUAAAAGGGAAAUCAAAAUAAUGUAAAAGCAUAUACAAGCACUAAUAUACACUAUUAUCUAGUAUAAAGAGAACUAGCAAUCACAAUAGUAUUUAAAAUGAGUUAUGAAUUAAUGUAAAGUUUUAAUAAAGGCUAUGUCAUUCACAUGUUUUGUCCUUGAUCUGAUGAAAGUUGUUACUAUCAGUAAGAACCUCAGACACCCUUGGGACAAAACUGGACUUAUAAGUCAGGAUCUUUUGUCUGACUUGUGAGUCUUUUGAUCCAGGAACUGUUGACGGUUAUUUAUGAAUGUGCAUGAUGAAGUUUGUCUUCAGUAAAACUGGAAAGUUUCAAGUUUCCACAUCACACACUUACCUAGCUGUGAUGUCACAAUAUCAUGAUUUAAACUCAGAUUUAAGGUGACUAUAGAGAAAUGUUUCCCAUACAAACAGAUGAAUGUGAAAACGGCUUUUCUUUGCACUACAGUUAAGCACAAACACAUUUCUAAGAAGCAAGCCAGUUUCUACAGACAGCUAUAUCAGUCUUUUAAUUUUUGAAGGUAAACAAGCAAAUCAGAUCAUACGCAUUUCAAAUACAGUUUUAGCAUUGCUAAUACAACAUAAAGGGUAAAGAAGCAUUUAUCAAACUCUCAAACAUAUUUCUCAAACUUAAGUCCUCUCAACAAUUUUUGCAUGUGCCUAGUGCUACUCUAUAGUGAUUUAACUAGAAGUGGAUUAUAGUCUAGACUAAUUGUUCAAAUAGUGCAUUGCAUACAAAGUUUACAGGCAUCUGUGAGGACGUCCAACCCUUUAACUGCGAGAUGCAUGUCCAGCUUUGAACUGACGUGACUCUGAUGCCCGUUCAGUCUCCCAUAUUCCUGGAAGCUGUGAUGAGGUAGAAUGAAACCUGCCUCUUCCAUACUGCUGAGCAGCUUGGUCCAGACUUUUGCACAAAAGGUGAGUAAAUAUUUGCCUUAAUAUACAACAUACGCCUGCACAUCCCACCCCAGGGAGAAUGCAAAGCACUCCUCCAAAGCUUCUUUAAUACCAAUUCCUGAUUGGAGCGGCUUGGGACUGUUGUUGGCUUAGGGUCCCCAGAUCUCCUGUAGGGAAUAAUUAAAACUCAGCCACUCCGUCGGGGGGAUCGACUAGGCUUGUGCUGAGGGCCUGAGCUGCUAAGGAAUGCCAAUGUGGACCCACCAUGACUUAGGGGGCCAAAAAAAAAACAAAAAAAAAACA